GGACAGGUGGGCCUGCCGGAAGAAGAAAUCUUAAAGACCGAUGAUGUCUGAUACCUAAUGCUUGCUCUCCUUAAGCUGAAUACAUUGUGAUUUCCAGUAAUAGAGACAGUAUUUCUGAAAGCUGUCUACAUUAAUGAAAAGAGCAAUGUAGUCAGCUUAACUGAAUCACCCGUGUUGCCUAUUGAUUUGAGACAUGGUACAUCCGUAUUGCUGGACAAUUGCAUGUUAGGUCUAUAUAUUAUACAUUUUGUUAAUUAGUUAUUUUGUUUUAAAUUUAGUUGUAUUAAAUUUAAGUAUGGAGGAGUGUGAGAACGUAGAACUUCCCCAAGACGAAUCUGGAAACAAAAUGUUAGAAUUGGCUCCUCUUUGCCCCCCACCUCUUCCGCCAUAUGAAGAGCCUCCACCACCUCCCCUGCAAACGUCCAGUGACGCAGAGGUAAUGGACGUUGGCUCUGGUGGUGAUGGACAGUCACAAACCCCAGCUGAGGACCUGCAUCAAAGCAACGGUGAACAGCUUCUCACUAAAGGGUCAUCUUCCUACACAAGCCGUCUGACCUCUGUAGAACCUUAUCAGAGUGACCAAAGUCCCAGAACUGCACGCAAUGCGCCAGCAAUUAAGAGGUUUAAUCCCAAUCUUAAAUUCCUUAAAGAUGUUAAGAUAAGUGUAAGCUUUACAGAGAGUUGCAAAAGCCAAGACAGACAGGUUCUGUACACUGGAGCAGAGUCAGAGGACGAGUUACAAUUUAGUAGCAAUAACACAAAUGUCAAUGGAGACUUGCAUGUUUGUCCUUUUGCUGGUAGUAGCAAUGGUAAAGUUGCGGGUAAAAUUGAAAAUGUACAUAAACGAAACGACGACAUUGAGAAUGAUCAGGAGAAGAAAGUGGAGUUUGCAGUUUUGGAUGAGGUGGAAGAUUUCACGGAGAACGUGAUGGAUGUAGAUGACGUAGAGUUUGUAACCAAAUCAAUUCUUCAGAACGAUACAGUUGACGAAGAAUCCCUGCUAUUUAAUUAUGAGGAUGAUUUUGAUAACGAUGUGGAUGCACUUCUGGAAGAAAGUCUACACACAUUCAAGAAAAGAAGGCUGGAUGAUAAAUAUGAAGUGGAAAGUGAUCACCAUUCAGAUGGAGAGACCACUGUCCAGCCUAUGGUUACCAAAAUAAAAACCGUUUUGAAAAAUCGUGGUCGUCCACCCACUGAGCCAUUACCUGAUGGAUGGAUUAUGACAUUCCAUAACUCCGGCAUUCCUGUGUAUUUACAUCGAGAGACCAGAGUAGUCACAUGGUCACGACCUUACUUCUUGGGAACUGGAAGCAUAAGAAAACAUGAUCCACCUGUUAGCGGCAUUCCCUGCUUACAUUACAAGAGAAUGAAGGAUAAUGAGGAAAGAGAGCAGAGUAAUGACAUCACUCCAGCCCAGUUUUCAGGUUCUCCUGUAAAGAUUUCAGAGUCAGACCACCAGGCUGAGGAGCCUGACUCCACUGCUGCAGACACCAUUGUUUCAGACGAAAAAGAAACUGUAAGCGACAUAGCCCAGGGAGCUCUGGGGCAAGUCAAGGCUAAAGUGGAAGUCUGCAAGGAUGAAUCCCUUGACCUAGAAAAUUUUCGCCGCUAUCUGGAAAAACGAUUUGACUUUGAGCAAGUAACCAUUAAGAAAUUCAGAACUUGGGCAGAAAGAAGACAGUUCAACCGUGAAGUGAAACGCAAGCAAGCAGAAUGUGAAAGGCCAAUUUUGCCUGCCAAUCAAAAACUUAUAACCUUAUCUGUACAGGAUGCCCCUACAAAGAAAGAAUUUAUUAUCAAUCCUAAUGGAAAGUCUGAAGUUUGUAUACUUCAUGAAUAUAUGCAGCGAAUUUUGAAAGUUCGCCCUGUUUACAACUUCUUUGAAUGUGAGAACCCAAGUGAACCUUUUGGAACUUCUGUAAUUAUUGAUGGAGUGGCGUAUGGUACUGGGACCGCAAGCAGCAAAAAACUGGCAAAGAAUAAAGCUGCACGUGCUACUCUGGAAAUCCUUAUUCCAGACUUUGUUAAGCAGACCGCCGAAGAGAAGAACAAAGACAGUGAUGAGCUUGAGUAUUUUAACCAUGUCAGUAUUGAAGAUUCUCGCGUGUAUGAACUGACCAACAAAGCUGGACUGUUGUCUCCAUAUCAAAUCCUCCAUGAGUGCCUUAAAAGAAACCAUGGAAUGGGGGAUACAUCAAUCAAGUUUGAAGUGAUACCUGGCAAGAAUCAAAAAAGUGAAUAUGUAAUGACAUGCGGAAAGCAUACUGUGCGUGGCUGGUGUAAAAACAAAAGGGUGGGGAAGCAACUGGCAUCUCAGAAAAUUCUUCAACUGCUUCACCCCCAUGUGAAAAAUUGGGGUUCCCUGCUACGCAUGUAUGGAAGGGAUAGUAGCAAGAUGGUGAAACAGGAAACAACUGAUAAAAGUGUGAUCGAACUUCAGCAGUUUGCCAAAAAGAACAAGCCAAAUCUACACAUUUUAAACAAGCUACAAGAAGAAAUGAAAAGACUGGCAGAGGAGAGAGAGGAAACACGGAAGAAACCCAAGAUGACUAUUGUCGAAUCUGCACAGCCAGGAAGUGAACCCUUGUGUACUGUUGAUGUUUGACCCUGAUCAGAGGAAGCAAUAAGAACCUCUAGAUACUGUCAUAAUCCUGGUCCACGUUUAUUUUUUUUAUUUGUUUAUUUUUU